AUGGAUGACAUUGUGUCCACAUCGGCCUUUGACUGGGGAGACCGAAGUAGGUGGCCCAAAGCCUUUGGAGGUCUGGUUGUUGCAGCGGACGUUCUGUACGACAAGGAAGUGGUUACACCCCUGGUCGACCUUCUUGUAUACCUUGAUGCUCCAGCGAUCUUCGUGGAACCAGACAAUGUAGAGAGGCAAAGCCUCGGAUCAGUGGAUUAUUUUCAGGACAUGUUGAAGAGCAAUGGGCUCAAGUUUCGAACCGAGAAGUAUUUCAAUCCGAAGCAACCAUCUUCCCCUAUGUUAAUCAUCUCCAUAAGCUGCGAUUGCAGAGUUGGGAGGUGCAAGACCUUGCCCAAGGCACAGGCGUUCGUUACCACGAGUCUUGACGUGAAAGAAACGAAAAAGAAAGGGUCUUACUCCUAG